CUACUACUACGCCAUGUACCACGGCUGCUACUACUACUACUACUACGACGCCGUGUACCACUACUGUCACGACGACCACUGUGGGUCCUGGUUGCGAUGCGUAUUGUGCCAAAAUGAAGGAGGGAAGCUACUGCAAGUACUGGCAGACUCCGAGUGUUUGUUUCGGAACUGAUAUUCCCUGUUCAUGUGGUAGAACUACAACCCAUCUACCGACGUCAACUGUGUCUCCAACCACCACACCGUGUACCACAGCUGCCACUACUACGCCGUGCACCACAGCUACUACUAGUACGCCGUGUACCACUGCUGUCACGACGGCCACUAUGAGUCCUGGUUGCGAUGCUUAUUGUGACAGAAUGAGGAAGGGAAGCUAUUGCAAGUACUGGCAGACCCCGAGUGUUUGCUUCGGAACUGAUAUUCCCUGCUCAUGCGCUAGAAGUACAACCCAUCCACUGACGUCAACGGUGUCUCCCACUACCACGCCGUGCACCACAGCUGCCACUACUAUGCCGUGCACCACAGCUACUACUAGUAUGCCGUGUACCACAGCUACUACUAGUACGCCGUGCACCACUGCUGCCACGACGACCACUGUGGGUCCUGGUUGCGAUGCGUAUUGUGCCAAAAUGAAGAGGGGAAGCUAUUGCAAGUACUGGCAGACCCCGAGUGUUUGUUUUGGAACUGAUAUUCCCUGUUCAUGCGGAAAAACUACAGCCCAUCCGCCGACGCCAACGGUGUCUCCGCCUACCACGCCGUGUACCACAGCUACUACUAGUACGCCGUGUACCACUGCUGCCACGACGACCACUGUGGGUCCUGGUUGCGAUGCUUAUUGUGCCAAAAUGAAGAGGGGAAGCUAUUGCAAGUACUGGCAGACUCCGAGUGUUUGUUUUGGAACUGAUAUUCCCUGUUCAUGCAGAAAAACUACAGCCCAUCCGCCGACGCCAACGGUGUCUCCGCCUACCACGCCGUGUACCACAGCUACUACUAGUCCGCCGUGUCCCACAGCUGCCACGACGACCACUGUGGGUCCUGGUUGCGAUGCCUAUUGUGCCAAAAUGAAGAAGGGAAGCUAUUGCAAGUACUGGCAGACUCCGAGUGUUUGCUUUGGAACUAAUAUCCCCUGUUCAUGCG